AUGACGAACUACUGGGUCUGUGAUCUCGAAUCCUGCGCUUCCUUGAUCCGCCGCGUUAAGAUCACGGCUCAAGAUGGGGAUCUGAGCUCCAUUCCCGCUGCCGAUAGCUGGUUCGCACGUAUCUACGAAUGGUACCCAGCGCUGUUCCCACACCUAGACGCUGAGAUUCGGAUGAGUUUUGGAAUUCAGUGUCUGAUCCCAGGGUUAGUCGACUAUUUCAGCUUCAACGUCAAGGAGCCAGAUGUGGAGCUGUUGGAGCUGACAUUCGAGGAUGCGAUGGAGAGACGCAAGGAGCAUUACAGGCCUAAUAGUCGUGACUUUGAGCUUAUAGAGAUUGAGGAGAAGGAUAUGGCUGGUUUUGUGGAUAUGCUACGGGCGCGGGAGAAGGACCGUGAUGGGUGGUAA